AUGAUAUGGAUACUACCAUUGCUACCAUUAGCCACAGCAUAUAUCAGGCUAACAUAUCCACCAACUCGUUAUCCAUUCUUCAAUUAUUCCAUCGAAAGCGGGAAGAGCCACAAACUGUGCAGCGUGCCUAAAAAUCCAAAAGGUGCUGUAACGUGGCUACGAUCCGGUGAAGAUGUUAAUAUCACUUGGUUUCAGUCAGUAUCUGAUAAUGGAAGUUUGAAAUUAGAGUUAUUGAACGAAAUGGAUCAAAUAAUUGCAGUUUUGUCACCAAUUACAAGUGUUAACAACAAUGACAGAACUUUGAAAACGUCAGCAACAAUAAUGUUACCGAAAAAUUACGAAUGUUACAAUUGUGUGAUACGAAUUAUCCUGCAGGAUGCUGAAACCGGAAAGAAUUAUUCGUCUCAUUAUUCAUGCGCUGAUGUGAAUAUCGUUAAUGAAAUCCCAGAUGGCGAUACAUGUCUGGGCAAUGGAAAGAGGAAGCACGGAAUAUGUGAAUGCGAUUUGCACUCAUCCGGUGACAACUGCCAAUAUCACGAUGAAUGUACAAAUGACAGUGAUUGUAACAGUCAUGGAAGAUGUGUUCCACUCUCGAACGGUGCAUUAACGAUGAAGCAAUGCUUCUGUCAACGAGGCUAUUUCGGAACAAUGUGUCAACAUGUAUCACAGAGUUUUACUGAUGAUUCGGAAUUCCUUCCAUCAUUAUAUCACAUGCACGAAGUCGGACAAGACAAUGAUAAAAUUUAUUGGAGGAUAUUGCAGGACGAAAUUGAAUUUGUAUUAAAAUUCAAAACUAAAUCUUGGAUUGGUAUUGGUUGGAAACCAAAAAGCUCCGAUGAGUACUGUCCCUCAUCGCAGAACUUUACAAGUUCAGGGGAGAAAUUUUGGCAGGAUUUGAUGACCACAUCAUCGUCAUGGUGGACAUCUCAAACAUCUACCAAUAAACAAAAUAAAACUGUUGCAAAUGAAGUGCUUCCUUCUGAAUCGAUCAGCAAUAAUCGUUCUUCAGAUACUCACGGUGUUAAAAUUGAAAAAAUUUGUAAUGAAAAUGAAGAAUUUUCUCACUGUCCGGAAUUUACUCGCCAGUGUGAAGCAUCUUGCGACUGGACAAAAUUCCCGGAAACAAUUCCAAAUUGUCCACGGACUUGCGGUACACCAAAGUGCAUCUGUAAAGAAGGUUUUGUCCGGUCAGCAAAUGAUAAUAAUACCUGUGUUCCGUUUCAUUUCUGUUCUGAUGAGAAAGAUGAUAUCGCUCAUUUUAUUCAUUUAAAACAGGCUGAAAUAGAAUGUCCAAUUAAUUCAACCUGGGCGAAAUGUGGUAUUGCUUGCGAACCGACAUGUGAAAAUAUGUAUGACACAACGCCAUGUCCAGCAAGUUGUGAGGAACCGGCCUGUACAUGCGCUGAUAAUUAUGUAAGAUACGGGGGAAACUGUAUCUUUUGGGGAGAUUGUCCAAAGCAUCGUGCUAAAUGCCAAGUUUCAGUUGAAGUUUCGAGGAUAGUAAAAUGGAAAGGAUCGGAAACAAUGCUUAUUUCAGAUCUUGAGGAACGCUUUGCGUCCGAUUCUCCCACCUCAGUACCAAUGAAGACAACUACAGAAGGUUCCGUUCAAGUGGAAUUUACUCCUGGUAAUAGCAGUAACCAGUCGGAAACAACAACCCUAACAGCAAUAGCAAUACCUGCGGAAACUAAAACAGUAUCCGGUAGCUUAGCUUGUGGCAUCAAUGAAACAAUUAACGAAUGUGGUCGAGCCUGUGAAACAAAUUGUAAUAAUGUUUAUUCUCGGGAAAAAUGCACUCAGUGUUAUCGACCUGCAUGUGCAUGCAUUUAUGGUUAUGCACGAAUUGAUGAUCGAUGUAUUUAUUGGGCUGAUUGCCCGCACGGAAAUCGCCGUUUACCACACGACCGACAACACACUUCUUCAUCAAUAUUGCAACCACCAAAAACAUCAGCGACCAGUGCUGCAAGUGGAACAGAGUCGGUCAAUUCAUCUCUUAAGCUAUCAAAUGAAAUAAGUGAAUUGAAUUUGGCGGAUGCUGAAGCUUUUAUAAAUGUUGCAAACGUCGAAUCACAAAAUAAUAUAUCAAAUGCCGGAUUUGCGUCUUUAUUGGAAUCCGAAGUUGACGGUGAUGUCUGCUACGGUGAUUGGCGUUGGCCUCCCGGAUGUCGUGACUGUGAUUAUCGCAUUUCAUGGAAUUAUUUGGAUGACACUGAUGAGAUUGAAUUUUCGAUCGAAACACGUGCACCUUCAAAUUGGUGGACAGGUGUUGGUUUUUCGCCCACCGGAACAAUGGUAGAAGCUGAUAUUAUUAUUGUAAAAAGUCGAAAUGGUGAAUUAUCACUGCAUGAUAUGUAUAGCACGGAAUAUGGCGUGCCACGUGAAGACAGUAAACAAGACGUCUAUACGCCGACUGUGAUCGGAACACAUGUUAAUGGCGUAUUAAGGGUACAAUUUACCCGAAAACGUGACACCGGCGAUCGAAAAGCUGAUCACCAUUUCUCGGAAACUAAUUGUUACAAAUUUCUAUUUCCCGUUUCUGGUGGACGAUUAGAACCGAACGGCCAAUUAUCGAAGCACAUUAGUAUACCACACGUGUCAGAGAAUAAAAUUUGCAUACAAAGUUGUGUUGCCCCACAGAAUCUUCAGACUACAAGUUCAUGCGAAACCGAAUAUCGUUAUCCGGCUGGUUGCAGUGAUGCUGCAUGUGAUUAUAUUGCGAAAUGGGAAUACAGUAUGGCUAGGAAAGAUGUAAAAUUCGAAAUUUCGUCGAAGGAGUUGGGUCGUUGGACCGGAAUUGGUUUCUCACGAGAUGGGCAAAUGGCAAGCUCGGAUAUAUAUACUGGUUGGGUGUUUGAAGGAAAAGCAUAUGUUACGGAUCGUUUUGCAUACGGUCGUCAACUUCCAGCAAUUGAUCCGGCCGAUCGUCAAGAUAUUUACGAAAUUAGUGGCAAAGCAGAAGAUGAUAUUCAGACAAUAACAUUUCGUCGAAAGGUACUUCCAGCUGAUACAAUUACUGAUUUUCCACUCAAUGUGUGCUAUUAUUUCCUGUUCCCAGUUGGUGGCGGACGAGUUCUAGCACGGAAAAGCCAAGAUUUCCAGAAUGCCAAAACACCGAUCGGUUAUCAUGACCUUUAUCAGCCCAAAGUUUCGCGUACAAAAAUUUGCAUUUGUGACCAGAACGGUGUUUCAAUUGCUUCCGAUGAUGGACCACCAGCAGUUCGGAAUCGUCGUCGAAUAAAUCAAAAGGAUGUGUCGUUUCGUCUAAAGCGACAGUCGCAAGAUCCGUUCGAAGUUCAAAUCGAUCAUUUCGCAGGAAUCGAUAAAGUGAAUGCAUCGAUUCCGUCAGAAAUGAUGGAAGUGAAGUCAGAAUCGGCACCGGAGCGAUCAGCUCACCUUCCUAUCAAUACAACUACUCUUGUAGAUAUACCUAAACCGGAAUCUGAACUAUGGACUGCAUCCGCAGCAGAUGAACCGGAACGAAAACCAAUUCAGCAGCGAUUGAAGGAAGAGGAAAAGAAAAAUGCGGAACAUUCAAUGGAUUGUCUUGAUAUGGUGAUAGGAGUGAUGGUUGAUGGCAUGUCACAAGUACGAGACUAUUAUUCCUUUUCUCAUAUCUUACCACAACCAGAUGAACUUUUCGGUGGAAAGGAUUCACUGACUUCAGCGACUGCCUAUCAGCAGGAUAACAUCACUACAGUCAUUUUUCGGAAACCUUUGAAAGCAUCCGAUCACGCUGAUCGAACAAUAUCACCAAAAGAGACUGUUGUAAUUUGGACAAAGGGUGUGAUAUCUGGAGAAUCUCAGGUUGUUUUGGAGAAAACAACAACUUCGUUUUUAGAUGGUGAGAGUAGUCGAGGACAGUUGAUCAUAAAUUUCUUCGAUAAUGAACAAGAAGAAUCAAAACAAUUGCAAAAGUUAGGCCGUAAAAACGAAUGCUUCGGUAGUUAUGAAUAUCCAGCCAACUGCACGAAUGAAAAAUGUAAUUAUACAAUAAGUUGGUGGAUUAAUGGGAAAAAAAUUUCAUUCUCAUUGGCUGCAGCAAUUCCAACCUAUCAUUGGACUGGAAUAGGCUUUUCAUUUGAUGGAUCAAUGGCACAUUCCGAUGUUAUCGUUGUCAAUGUAUUGGAUGAAGGAAUAGUAAAAGUUUUGGAUAUGUUUUCACCGAGUUAUAGUCGACCAAAGAUAGAUAACGAACAAAACUUAUUCGAUAUUCGGACAUCAUAUGAUCAGGGUCGAGUAUAUGCUAAUUUCUCGCGUUAUUUGGUUUCGAAUGACGAGAAUGAUAUUUCCAUCGAUCAAUGUGUUUAUUUCUUGUAUCCAGUUAACGGAGGCAUAUUAGAUAUGGAAACGAAUGAGAUACAUAAGCAUAAGGAAACACCAAUUUCGUCCGGAACGAAAAUUUGCGCUGCGUUAUGUGUGAAUAAUUUGGCAGUUAAAAAAAUGCCACAAAAUGAACCGCUUCAUAAAGCAUCUAUCUUACCGGAAGAGUCGAUUACUACUGAAAGUGUUAUAUUUGAUGUGGUAAUACGUAUUUUGAAUCGUGAAUGGAAUCCAUAUUUUGCCAAUCAAAAUACUCAAGAAUUUCAACAGUUAGCCACUGAAGUAAUCAAUGAAGUCAAUGCAAUGAUAAAAAUGAGAUAUCCACAGAUGAGAGUAAUUGAAAUCAAAAAAUUCAAAAAAGGAAGUAUAUUGGCCUUUAUGACGUUUUUCUCAGAAGAUGACCCUCCACCAAGUGACCGUGAAGUGAAGGAAUAUUUAAAUAAACAAGUUAAACUUCAGUCUCCGGAAGCAUUACAUCUGGAAAUAGCAUCUGUAAUAUUAAAAAAAACAGAGAAAGAGUCAUCAAAUAAAUUAGACAAAAUUCAAAAUUGGAUUGUUCUGAGUAUCGGCGUAUCACUAUUUCUCACUGCAACAUUUCUUGUUUGUUGCAUCGUUAGCCGUUCACGAAAAGUACGAUCGGAUAAUUGCAAUAACUACAAUAUACAUUAUCCAAUGAAUGGAUAUGGAUGCAAUAACAAUCUUACUGUUUCACCGCUGAAUAGCAAAAAAAGUGGUUUCGAGAAUGCAGCAUACCAUGCAACACAUAGCAGACAAUUUUCGCAAGCAACAACAGCUUCUCAAAAUGGUACCAGUAAAGGAUCGCCGAAUACUUUAGAAGAAAUCCCGAAAGGUGUCGGGGAAACCACCUAUCAAGAAUGGUUCUCCAAGGUUGCUUCAAAACCUGGUGCACAACAGCAUGAAGAGUUAUCAUCACCUUCCGUUCGACAUCCGGUUUCUCAGCGAUCAUUUAAUGGACCAUCUUAUAUGUCACAUACUCAGGAUGUUAACAAUUUCUACGGUGAAAUUAGAUUAGGACCACCGGGAUAUUAUAGACCGUACUGA